GGGUUCAAAGUUCAGAUACAGUGGAAGGACCCAGGCCCAGACACGGCAGGCCAGUGCUCUGAUCGAUCGGCCUGCUCCCCACUUUCAGCGAUCCACUAGCAAGAGCUACCUUCUUUCUCGCAGUCUAGACGGAGAAUUUUCUCAACCGGUGUCCACGCUGGGUGAAAUACAUGAUUGUCUGUAUCAGAAGAGUGAGAGUGAGCAGUCGCAGUUUAUUUCUGGAGAUGAAAGCUGAUCCUGACCUCAGUCUGGAUCAAGACCAGGAGCAGGAACAAGAGAAAGACCAUAACAACAGUGGAGAAUCUGUUACAACCCCUACAAGAAAAAAGGACAUUAAGGACUCAACCCCUCUACACAAGCAGGAGUUUCUAGACAAAUCAGAAGAUGUUCUCUUGAAGCACCAAGCCAGCAUUAAUGAGCUAAAGAGGGCCCUGAGGGAGCCUAACAGUAAACUGAUGAACCGAGAAAAGCGUCUGUCAGGAACGUCCCUAGGCAGCACUCCAGAGAAGAAGGCAGAGGCUGUUGGUGCAGAGGGCUCUGAGGAAUGGGUGUUGAUCGACUAUGAAAUGGAGGAGAAAGGAAAGUACAAAGUUGGUACACCUCAACCUCCUCUGGUCAUUGAUCCCCUUCCAAAGAAAAAUGAGACAGAAAAACAACAGGAAAUCAACAAGAUGAUGCACAUUGAGCUAAAGAGAGAUGACAGUGAUGAAACACAACUGCAGAUGGAGACUUCUGCAACCUCAAAAAUAUCACCAGUUGAAAAGUCAAGUGAGUCUAAGGAAAAUAUUAUCACAAGAGAAGAUGCCACAACUAAAAUUAAAUCUAAAUUGUCUCAUGAUACAUCAGAAACAGAGCCUACACGACCUGCUGAGUCUAGACCUAAGAACAAGAAGACCGCAAUGCUGGAUGUCAUGGAGGAGCGUUCUCAACAUGAAGUCAGAAGAGAGAAAACACCUCAAAGUUUAAACUUGGGGAAGUCGAGGGACUUUUUGUAUGAGACAGAAGCCAAAAGUUCAAACAUCACAGACAAUAGUGUAGAGUCUGAUGAGGACAACAAUACUGAACUUAUAGAGGAGAUUGUGGUCUGUCAUCCUGAAGAUUUCAGCAUAACAACAAACACAUGGUCUUCAUCUAUAGCUGAAAAGCUAAAUCAGCCAGCCACAAAUACGUAUGCUGAAACACUGCUUGAAGAAAAAGCAGAGUUUCACAGAGUAAUGGAAAAAGACUUUCAGAUUCCUAAUCAGAGAGCAGCAAGAUCUGAUAUGGCAAGAACAUUUACAGAAGGUCAAGAGAAGUUAUCCACCGAAGUAAAGAUUAUGAACACUGAAGACAAACAAGAAAACCAAGAUUCAGUCACUGGCCCUGGCAAAGGUGAGUUGAAAAGUGUCAAGACUGGUAUCAGAUUUGAAGUCUUGAAAGUCAUUAUGAUUGAUAAUAGUGACAACAAAGAGGAGUCUGGGAAUACAAACAAGAAAAAAAUGGAAGAGUUGGGUCUAGAGAAGAAGAUAAGCAAUUUUGAACUGGAGGAAUCUGCAGAGAUCCAACUAGCCAUGGAAUUGAGAAAGACCAGCAAGAUUGUAACUGGUCAUGUGAGAUCAGAUGUUGGAACAAGAAUGGUUCCAUUGAAACCUGAGAGUGUGAUGAGCCAAGGCUACAAAGAUGACCAAGAUAUUGGACAAGGCUCUGAAUUAAUGAAAAAAAACUUUAAAAGAUACAGUAUGAAUGAAUCUUUUGUGAGACACUUUGACCCCUGUACGUUCAAGAACAGAGACACUAGCUAUUCCCAUGCAAACUCUACCACAAGUUCAGUAAAAGCUAAUACAAGUCAGGAGGAAUCAUCUUUAGCUUUUAUGGACAUCUAUAAGUGCUCUAAACAACAAGCAUUAAAGGGUUUUGAGAGUUCACCACAAGAAAGUGUUAAACAGAAUGAAGACACUACAAAACAUACCAGCAGAACAGUCCAUAGAGAUCUUCUGUGCACUGAUGAGGGAAUUUCAGAUGUCCAACUUCAUUUCAACUGGGCCCCAGUCAACCAAAAAAGUGCCCCUCCAAUGCCUCCUGUCAAAACAAUGAAAGCAAGAGAAUCAGGUCUCUUUCUGCGCAAUAGCCACAAUUUCAGCAAAGACCCGACUGUUGAAUCUGACAAUAAGAAUCUUCCGGAGCCCAUUACUUCUACUCUUGAAGACCCACAAUGUGAUGUUAAGCCCCCUGUUUCCAAGAAAGACCCCAGUGCAGUGAGUGCAGCACAGAUGUUGCGAAAAGGGGAUUUUAAAAUGGAACUGCAUUCUAAUGGUUCUGAUGUUCCUGUCGAAGACAUCUCUGAUCAUGUAAGGUCGAACAGUCUAGGAAGAGAAUUUGUUACUUCUCCUCUCACAGUCACUACGGAAAACAUUGCUUCAGCCACCACAACUCAGGUGACCAAGACAGUAAAAGGGGGUUAUGCAGAGACCAGGAUUGAAAAAAGGAUCAUUAUAACAGGAGAUGAUGAUGUGGAUCAACAUCAGGCUCUAGCCAUGGCAAUACAGGAGGCCAAACAACAGCACCCUGAUAUGCUGGUGACUAAGGCCAUAGUGGUCAGGGAAACAGACUCUUCGUCUGACGAGAAACAUCAAACAUAUGAGUCUUGAUCACUAGAGGGUGCUGUUUGGAACAUGGACAGAAGAUCAGCUCUGAUUCUGAUAUGUGUGUGUGUGUGUGUGUGUGUGUAUAUAUAUAUAU